AUGUGCCGUCAAGAAGUAGCCAGAGAGCCUAAAAAGGCCGUCGCUGAUCCAGCCGAACUCCAAAAGGGAGACGAAUGGCUGAAGGAUUUCGACUUUGAAGGCUUUGCCACUGAAAUCAAAGAGCUUGGAAAGAAGUUGGAUGCCGAACAAGGAGAAGCCGACGUGGCUCACCUGAACAAAAUGAUCAUGUGGUCCAACAGCUGUGCUGCCAUUGGCCUGCUGACGAUGGGAUUCCUCGUCAAUCCCAUCACCAUCGUCUGCCUGUCUCUUUACACUUGCACCCGAUGGACCAUGAUUGCCCAUCACACUUGCCACGGCGGAUACGAAAAGGUUCAUCCCAACAAGGACCGUUGGUCUCGGUUCAAGUUCGGAUUGGGAACCUUCUGGCGCCGUUUCAAUGACUGGUUUGACUGGAUGAUGCCAGAAGCCUGGAACGUCGAGCACAACAACCGUCAUCACUACAACCUUAGUGAGAUCCACGACCCUGAUCUUGUGGAACAGAACAUGGAAGAAGUUCGUGACCUAGAUGCUCCUGUCAUUUUCAAAUACAUGAUGGUUGGAUUCACCAUGUUGACUUGGAAGUGGUACUACUAUGCCCCCAACACCUACAAGGAACUAAAGCUUGCACGAUUGAGACGCCAAGGAAAGGCCAUUCCAGAGGGUGUCCAACCGGAGCUUGCGGUUACUGUCAAGUCUGCGCUCAUGGGACAAUCUCACUUUUACUCCUUUGCCGAACUCAUGGCCGUGGUUCUUCUCCCAUACUUUAUCCUUCACUUUUUCGUCGCUCCUCUCCCUUACCUUCUUUUGGGAGAGCACUUGGAAGGAUACACCGGACAAGGCAUGUACUGGACUGCCAUCAAGAACCUUUUUCUUGCGGAACUCUUGACCAAUGUCCACAGUUUCAUCAUUGUUGUCACCAACCACGCUGGUGAUGACAUGUACCGAUUCCGUGAACCUUGCCGUCCAUUCUCCGGAUCCUUUUACCUUCGCCAAGUCCUCGCCUCGGUAGACUUUUCCAUGGGAAGCGACCCCAUUGACUUUUGGCACGGAUGGCUCAACUAUCAAAUUGAGCACCACAUGUGGCCCAACCUCAGCAUGCUCACCUACCAAAAGUCGGCUCCCCAAGUCAGAGCCAUUUGCGCCAAGUACGGCGUGCCAUACGUCAAGCAAAAUGUCUUUUGGAGACUGAAGAAGACUGUCGAUAUCAUGGUUGGUAACGCCAGCAUGAAGUGGUUCCCAGAAUCCUACGAACAGGAAUACCUUCAAAAGGAUUCCAAGAUUGAAGCUGCCAACUACAAGAAGGGCCAAUAG